AUGUCUGGCGACGUGCAGAUGGCAUCCACAGAGUCGCCAACACCCAAGGCAUGGGCACCUCCGCGAGAGCUCCGACGCCAACAGGUGCUGCCUGACCGCGCAUCGACUCGUGAGGACAUUGCCAACGCGUUGGGCAAGGAGUCAGAUCCCACACGAAUGGGCAUCUUCCUGUGCCUUCUGGACGAACGCCCUCACCUCCACCCAUCGCUUCAAGCUCUCCAUGCACACCGCGCACGCGUACACGGGCGCCCAGUGCCAGACCCUACGCGAGAGUCACCGGGCCAGGGCUCAGAGUGGACAGCGUGGAAGCUCACGCCUGAAGAGGAGGCCCGGCGAGCAGCGUGGCUGGCCCAUCCUUGA